AUGUCUACACACACGUGGCUGAAGCAAGAACCUGUCGACCAAGAUGAUCAGGUACGCGACUCUGCGCAUUCUGAGUAUGGGCAACAUACCUCAAGUUAUGGAUACAGCUCUCCUGCCAUACCACGUAAAGUACAAGUCGAGAUGAACCUCGAUAUGCUUGCGAAUGAGGAGAAAACUCGCAGUAAAAAAUCUUCUGCUCUGCGAGUAGGCAAUUCCAACAACUCUGGACACCCGGUCAUAAAAAGGAAGAUGAAGCGUUGCGCACAAGACUGUAGUGAUGACGAUGAGAUCUCACACCAGCAUCAUCGAAAACGGCCAAUGAAAGGAACCGAGGAUUCCAAUAUACCUCUUGCUUGUCCAUUCGCAAAGCAUGAUCCCAUUGCUUCCCCUGGCUGUUGGGACUUUGCUGCGGAAAAUCUCGCUCGACUCAAGGAACACCUCCUUCGUCGCCAUGAACGACCAUACUGUCCGAUCUGUUUUGAUUCGUUCCAGAACUACGAUGCACGGGACUCGCAUGUGAGAGAGAGGGAAUGUGAUGAAGUGGAUGGCAAGCAGCGCGGUCCCUGGAUGGAGCCUGAUGUUACCUUGAAAAUCCGUCGUCGUACGAGGAAAGGCGAGAACGUGACUCAAGGUUGGCAGCGCAUAUAUUCCAUCCUAUUUCCCGAAGAGAGAACGAUUCCUUUACCUUACACUGAAGACAUUGGUCGAUUAUACAUGGAACGCAUGCGUAAGACCGUCGCCGACGAUUUCAUUCAUUACGUACACGCAACACUCGAUCUUUUAUCAACGGACGGCAUCGCGAACAAACCAUCGGCCAUCAAAGCUGCUUGCAUAUCACACCUCAGCAAGGUAGCCGACCAAUACGUUACGAGAGGGGAAAGCAAGAGUAGAAAAUAG